GUAUGUUCACUUCUUCCGACAACAACAUAAACACUUAUAGAAAGAAAGAAAAAAGAUGGAGCUAGUAUCGACGGCGGCUAGCUGGUUAACUCCGACGACUCUCUUCCUUCUCCUCAAUCUUAUGAUCGGCACCAUCGUCAUCACGUCUCGAAUUGGAUCAUCAGGUUCAAGGAAACACCACCCGCAUCACGAUGGGUUCGGGUCGGGUCAUGCUCCGUCUCCUUUAGCCAGAGCUCCGUCGAUUAUCGACCGAGUCAAGUCCAUCAAUUUCCAUCUCUACAAAUUUCCCCACCCAGAAACCGAUCUUUUCUCGACGACGACCAACCACCACGAAGUAAUCGGGUCGGAUCUUCACGUGUAUCCUGACCCGAAUCCGGCUCCGUUACAACGCGCUCCUUCUCUUUUGGACCGUGUUAAAUCCAUCAACAUGUCAUCAUACUUCAAGUUCCCUCACGACGUAACCGGGUCGGAUCCUCACUCUCACUCGGAUCCGAAUCCGACUCCGCUACAACGUGCUCCUUCUCUCCUGGAUCGGGUCAGAUCCAUCAACAUGUCACACUUCAAAUUCCCGCAGUAUACCCACGAGGAAAAUGACUCCGCAACUCACACGGAACCGACCCGAUUCGAAAACAUUCCGACCCGUAUGCGUCGGGUUGAACCGAUUGAUAUAUCAAAAUUCAGGAUACCGGAGGAAGACCAACCGACCGGAACCCGGUUCGAUAAUCAAAUCAACCCGCCCGGUUUAACUCGAGCUCCGUCUAUCUUAGAACGUGUCAAGUCCAUCAAGCUAUCCUCUUUCUACAGAUCCGACCCGGAUACCAACCCCGAUCAAAGUCCUGACCCGGAUUCGAUAACCCACGAAGACCACAAGCCGGUUAAGAGCAAAUCGGAGUCCAAGAAACCGGUUAAGAAGAAGAAGAAAGCGACGGGGAAGAUGACGAAGUCAGCCAGCGAGAAGUCCGGUUUCGGUUUCGCCGGAAACAGCGAGGAGGCGGAGAGCUUGGAGUCCGUCGAGCGAAGAAGACCGGAGACGACGAGAGUCGAGAGAUCGACGUCGUUUGGCGACGGAGAAGACGGCGUCGACGCGAAAGCUUCCGACUUCAUCAACAAGUUCAAGCAGCAGCUGAAGCUACAGAGACUCGAUUCGAUUCUGAGGUACAAGGAGAUGCUCAAGGCGAACUGAUGCGAAAUUACGUUGGCUACCCCUCGGUGGAGAUUGUAUUAAUUAAACCUCAUCGCCGCCGUCUCCGCCGUAUUCACAGAGGAGAUACGGGAGUACUGGAUAUUGUCGGAAUUACCGAUAAUGCCCCUGUAUGUUGAGGAUAUUAAUGUAAUUUUGGUGGAUUUUUUUUUGUAAGUUAAUAGCAGACAAAAAAAACGUAGCUGCUUAGUGAAGUGUGGCGUUAUUUUUGGAUCUGGGACGUUGUUUUGCGUCCAAGUUCUAUUGUUCAACCACUUGUGAAGUAACGUUUCCUAGA